AUGUCAGCACCUUCAGCACCUCCAGACGAAGGAGAGAGCAUUAUUAGAAGUCCGGAACUCCCAUUCGUCUCCUCAAUCGUUGGUGGUUUAUUCGCUGGUCGAGCAGUUGUUGUUAGUGGAAUGGUACUCCCUGGAUUCGCGUCUGAUCGGAAGAGAUUCGACAUAGACCUAUGCUGUGGACUAUUGAUUGAUGGAGAUCAUAUGGAUAACAAGGCACUUCAUUUCAAUCCAAGAUUUGAAGCAAAAGCUGGAUGGUUCUCGGGUCCAGCAGACGAUAAACUAGUAAUCAAUUCAUUUGUUUCCGGGCGAUGGGGUUCUGAAGAAAGAUUCGAUAAUCCAUUUAAAGAGGGAGAACCAUUCCAGCUACGGAUUCUUGUUCUUGAUAAAUACUUCAAAAUCUCAGCUAGUGGAAAGCACGUAUGUGACUUCCCCUAUCGUGUUCCCGUCGAAUCGAUUCGGACAAUUUCAAUCAAAGGAAACAUUCGAGUCGAUUAUGUCGAGUUCCAACCACCGAUUGGAAUUGGAGCUGAUGGGAAACCUACAAUUGUUGCACCAACGCCGAAGCAAGAAGUUAUGACGCAGAUUGAUAAACCUAGUAUUCCAUUCGUCCUUCCCCUUCUACCCGGUGGUUUCGUUUCCCCUCAAUCAGCUCGUUUCACAAUUACUCCGUUCCUUUCCGCCGAGAGAUUCACUAUCAAUUUGAUGUGUAAAGAAGAAUUCUUCUUUCAUUUUCGUAUCGAUAUGCCGAAUCCUGCUAUGAAGAUUAAGCCAGCAGUCGUCCGAAACAGUACGAAACGUGGCACGUGGCAGACGGAAGAACGAACAUUCGGAACAUUUCCAUUUAGUAAAGGAAUCACUCAUGAUAUCGUUUUCACUGCAUAUGGGAAGUCAGUAACUGUGGAUGUUGAUGGAGCGCCGUUUGUGAAAUUCGUUUAUCGAGAUGGAGAUGAUCCAGUGAAUAUAGAUUCGAUUACUGUAAAAGGAGACGUUUUGGUUCAUCGAUUUGUACAUAAAGGAUAG